AUGCAGCUGAACCUGGUAGAAGCCACCAUUUCCGACCUUCAAACCGCCCUCUCCAGCUCAAUCACCGCCACAGAGCUCGUCGCACGCUACCUCCAACGCAUAGCAGUCUAUGACACGCGGGGGCCAGCACUCAACUCCGUCGUCCACAUCAACCCCGGCGUCUUUGAAGAAGCAGCAGCCUCUGACGACAGACGUGCCAAUGGUGCUACGGUCGGGUCCCUAGAAGGGAUCCCGUACCUUGUCAAAGACGGCUUCAAGUACAAGGGCAUGACCGUCUCCGCCGGAUCCCCCGCCUUCAAGGACCUGAUUUCCAAUGAGGAUGCUUUCCUGGCGGAGCAACUCAAGGCCGCCGGCGCAAUAUGCCUAGGAAAGACAAACAUGCCGCCCAUGGCAGCGGGCGGCAUGCAACGGGGAUUGUACGGCCGCGCCGAAUCCCCCUACAACCCAGAGUACCUCACCGCCGCCUUCUGGUCCGGCUCCUCCAACGGCUCAGCAACCGCCGCAGCCGCCAGUUUCGCAGCCUUCAGCAUCGGCACAGAAACAGUAUCAUCCGGUCGCUCGCCAGCCUCAAACAACGCACUGGUGGCGUACACGCCGUCCCGCGGAAUCAUCUCAUGUCGCGGCGUAUGGCCGCUCUACCCAACCUGCGAUGUCGUCGUGCCUCAUACGAGAACCGUAUCAGACAUGCUCACCAUCUUGGAUGUCCUGACACGACCAGAUCCCGUCGCAAAGGGCGACUUUUGGCGCGAGCAGCCAUUCGUCAAGCUUGCCCCCAUCACUGCUAUACCGCACUCUACUUGCGCGGAUGCCAACGCCCUUCGGGGAAGACGCUUUGCCAUUCCCAAAAUGUACACUGGUCUACAUGACCCGCAGGCUAAACCAACACAUGUAUCCUCGUCCGUCAAGGAUCUCUUUGCCCGCGCAAGGUCAGACAUAGAGGCCCUCGGCGGGACGGUCAUCGAAACGGAUUUUCCCGCAGUAACCAACUACGAAGAUGACUCCAUCUCCAAGCAACCCAACAACGUGCGCGGCGCGCCAGAGGACUGGAAUCAACUCGAGCGCGGCAAAAUCAUUGCAUACACAUGGGACGACUUUCUCAUGGCCAACAACGACCCCAACCUCCGUACUCUAUCCGCCGUAGACGGACAUAAGAUAUUCCCAAAACCCCCAGGUUACCUACCGGAUAAAUUCAUCGAGACGAAAAACGCACUUUCCUACCCUGGUCUUAUAGACCUUGUCAAAACCGGCAGAACAUCCGUCUUUGACAUUCCCGGCAUGGGACAAGCACUUCGGGCGCUCGAGGAUCAGCGGAAACGCGACUUGGAGGAUUGGCUGGACCAACAUGAAAUCGAUGCGGUGGUAUUUCCCGCAAACGGAGGGAUAGCAAGGGCUGAUCUGGAAGAGAAUGAGGAGAGUGCCAGAUUUGCGCACUUGAAUGGUGUCAAGUACUCCAACGGGAAUAGGGCGCUGCGACACUUGGGCAUACCGACUGUGAGCGUGACCAUGGGGGUGAUGGAGGAUACAGGUGUCCCUGUGAGUCUGAGCUUCGCCGGAAGGGCCUAUGCGGAUGGGGACUUGUUGCGGUAUGCGUAUGCGUUUGAGCAGGCGACGAGGAGAAGGGUUGCACCGAACAUGACGCCGACUUUGUCGUCUGAUGUUAUCCAGACGGAGCUCCUGUCGGCGGCGCCAUCGGCGGCAGAGAAAGGGAGACGGGUUGGAGUCAACGUCGAGGGUGAGAGGAUGGAGAUAUCUCCCGGGACAUAUGAGCUGCAGAUUAGGGUUGAUGUUGAUGCAGAAACCGACGAGGUGGAUCUACAGGUCUUUGUGGAUGGAAAACAAAUCGACUCGGAGCUAUUGCAAAGAAGAGGAACGGGAAACAGGAAAUGGGUUGCAAGUUUGACACAGACACCCGUCAUUGAGGGCCGGCCGCAGGGCAAGGAUGCGAUGAUUCUUGCACAUCAGACUUUGGUCAUGGUCCGCACCCUCACACAGCUCGGCGCCGCGCUGGCAUUCACCUUGAUCGUCGUCUUCUUCCUCGACAGAAACUACCGUGUCCUGCCUAAUGCCAUCCACGGGUAUAUGCCCACCCAUCACGCGGGCCUCGUUGUUACCGACGUAACCCUCGUGCAAUGCUCGAGCCUAAACCUCUUUUCAUCAUGCGACCUCGACCCGACAACAUGGCAUCGCAUCGACAAGGAACUCUACCUCGGACGGGCGUGGACGUCAACAGCCUACCUCUACAUCAGCCGCAAGCACGAAGAGGACCUAACAUCUGACGACAAAGUCAUCAUGGACAUAUCCGUCGGACGCUUAAACCCAGCACAAGCGCAAGACGCCAAGUCCCCGAAAGGCAACCCAGAAGACUGGGAAUCCCGGCCAGGCGGCCUAUGGAUCAAGCGAUCCGGCAGCAAAAAGUCCAGCGACUCCGACGACGUCAUCACCGACCUCGACGUCCUCUUCGGCGACGAUGCUGUCGAAGCGCGUGAUGGCUGGGCAAUAACGGGAACCCAAUUGCUGCUCGACACCGGCGGCCCGCUUCUGAGCAUCCACCUCACCGUCCGCCGCGGCGCGCCCAAGGAGCGCAAGAAGCCCGAGCCCAGAAUCGGACACAAUGGUAAAUUCAAAAUCAUGCAAAUCGGCGACCUUCACCUGAGCAACGGCGUGGGUGAAUGCCGCGAACCAGUGCCCGACGGCUACGCAGGUGGAAAAUGCGAAGCAGAUCCGCGAACCCUCGACUUUGUCAACAAGAUGCUCGACGAAGAAAAGCCCGACUUUGUAGUCCUCAGCGGCGACCAAGUCAACGGUGACACGGCACCCGACGCACCGACCGCCAUGUUCAAGAUUAUAUCCCUCCUAGUCAAGCGCAAGAUCCCCUACGCCGGCAUAUUCGGCAACCACGACGACGAAAAGACCAUGUCGCGCGCCCGCCAGAUGGCCCUCAUGGAAUCGCUGCCCUUCUCCCUCUCCCGCGCCGGGCCAGCCGACAUCGACGGCAUAGGAAACUACUACGUCGAGAUCCUGGCGCGCAGCGGCCAACACUCGGCCGUAACAAUGUACCUCAUGGACACGCACGCAUACUCGCCAGACGAGCGCAAAUACCCCGGCUACGACUGGCUCAAACAAAACCAGAUCGAGUGGUUCCGCAAAACCGCCGCCAGCCUUAAGAAGGCUCACUCGGAAUACAGCCACACCCACAUGGACAUUGCCUUCGUCCACAUCCCGCUCACGGAAUACGCGAGCCCCGAGCUCCCCCGCGUGGGAGAGUGGAAAGAAGGCGUCACGGCACCAGUAUACAACUCGGGGUUCCGCGACGCCCUCGUUGAGCAGGGCGUCCUCAUGGUCAGCGCAGGACACGACCACUGCAACGACUACUGCCUCCUCUCCCUCCAAAACGUCACCAGGCACGACGCAAAGCCCCAACCAGACCAGCAGCCGCCGCCGCAGAUCCAGAAACCCGCCCUGUGGAUGUGCUACGCCGGCGGCGUCGGGUUCGGCGGGUACGCCGGUUACGGCGGGUACGUGCGGCGCCUGCGCGUCUUCGAAAUCGACACCAACGUAGCGAGCAUCACUACCUGGAAGCGCGUCGAGCACGGCAACACCGCCGACAAGAUCGACUGGCAGGUCAUUGUGGACGGGGGCAGGCCCGUGCCGCCGCCGCCGCCGCCCCCCGCUCCGUCCGACCAGCCGCCUGCCCCGCCGCCCCCGCCGCCCGUGCAGGACGUCCAUGAGUAA